GACAUGUUAUUUUCUUUAAAGCAGCAGUGUGAUAUUGAGUGCAGUCAGACCUUUUGCGCAGAUAGACUUCACAAGAGGUUGUAUUCAGAUUGAGUACAGCCCUCUCCACCUCUUAUAUUGCUAUUUUGACAGUUUUUGGAGUUGACACCAGUUAAAGAACUCAGUUCAGCUGAAGUCACCCGAUUCUGUUGAGUCGCUCUCAGGAGUGCCGAAAGGUUUUGCUGACAGGUGAUGAAUAUCUCACCUUGAGGAGAAGCAAUGGAGGCUGCUGUCUUUGACUAUCACAAAGAGGAUGACCCUGUGGACUUUGAGGCUUUUCAGGGAGACAAGCAGAAGCUCAUUCAGCCAACAUCUUUAAAAGAUCCCAAAUUUGAAAAGCUAAAGGAGGCACUGGUUUAUUGGAUCAAUAGCACUUUGAAAAUCGAGCACAUAGUGGUUCAGAGUUUGGAGGAGGAUCUGUACGAUGGGCUGGUGCUUCACCACCUGCUGUCCAGGCUGGCCGGUAUUCACUUGCCUGUGGAGGACAUAGCACUGACCUCCACUGCUCAGAUCCGCAAGUUGGGAAUGAUCCUGGAGGAACUGGAUAGGAGACUGGGCCCGCAGGACAGCAGCGGGAUCAAGUGGAACGUUAAACUCAUCCACAACAAAGACCUUCUGGCCACUAUUCAUCUGCUGGUUGCCAUGGUGAGAUCUUUCCAGCCUGAACUCGAAUUGCCACCAAAUGUGACAGUUGAAGUCAUAGUUGUGGAAGUGACCAGAAGUGGAAUCAAAUCAAAUGUACAGACAGAGGUGCUGACAGAGGAGAGGGACACAGACUCAGACUCCCUCAGGAAUACUGAAAGGGAAGAUCCCAUUGAGCAACUGCUGAAGCUUGAGGCUCACAAGGUCAACACAGUAAAGAAGGCCAUCUUACACUUUGUCAACCAGAAUAUGUCGACUAUGGGUCUGCAGGUGGCUGAUAUGGACAAACAGUUUGCUGACGGUGUGAUUCUGCUGCUGCUCAUCGGACAGCUGGAAGGAUUCUUCAUCCCUCUCUAUGACUUCAACCUGACUCCUGUCAAUCACUCUGAGAUGAUUCAAAAUGUAACCUUGGCCUUGGAUCUCCUGAAUGACACAGGCCUUCAAGUCCCCAGUGUUGAUCCACAAGAUAUUGUGUCCCAGGACGUCACUGCCACCUUGAAGGUCCUGUAUGCCCUCUUCAAGAAGCACAAAGGGAAAAAAAUGCAACAGGAAGAGGAACUCAGCAACUAAGAAUACAAAUACAGCUGUAGACAAGUGCAGUGUUUGUCCAGUUCUGGAUUUCUUCUGUCUCUCAACUGUUGCAAAUGUUGUACAUAAUUUAAAGGGUGAAGUUGAAUGAUUUUCAACAUUAUGUUUACACUCUUAAGCUUAUUUUAAGGUGCGGUAUGUAAUUCUGGAGAAAAAUAGUUGAUUGUUUAGUCCCAUACACUGGUCAUUAAAUACUGAUGCGGUUUCAUUCCAAGGUUGUCAAAUACUUCUUACAACCUCAGGGUGGUAGUCGACCCAAACCACCAACCCAAGGUCGUUGGUAUUUGAUGAUUUGGGAAUGACACUGUCAGUGGUUAACCACCCAUUUAUGUAAGUCUAUUUCCCAAGUCGUCAAAUACCAACAACAGUCGCUUACUAUUAUUAUUUAAUUGGUAACUGGCAAGAAUAUUUUUGCCUGAUUUCUUGUGGGUCUGUAGGUCAACUUUGUGACUCUUCAUUUUACUGCACUGCACAGCAACUGUUCUGGUAGGAGCUAGCUAGCAAGCAGUGCUGCUUAUUCUGCAAUUACAUUGCUGUCGAAAAACAAGCCCAACCUCCAGUCUCUCCCAAAGGUUGCUCUGGUUUGUAAACAGCAGUGUUGACAACUUGGCAACUUUUUUGCUAGAUUAAGCAACCUUUUCAGACCAUCAUGGAAAAGGCAGAUAUAUGUUUAGCCCUUUGUAAUUCAUCCCCAUGCAUGCUGCUCGAAAUAAUCGCAGUCAGCAACUCUCCUUUUCUCUCCUAUUGUGCUGUGCAGUAGUUGCAGUAGCAAUGCUGCUGCUGGAGUAAUGUUGCUUGUUGUGUGAGAUCAGAGAAGGUGGUGCACUUCAGUGUAAGCACCAUAGCUCUCAUGCCAUUCAAAUAUUUUACUUUACUUUCAUUGAGUUGAGAGUUGGCAACACUGGUAAGUGGCUCAGUUUUGAUCCACAAACCCAAAUUUGGCAUUGUUGACUAUGUUAUCACUAUUUGCUCUAUUAGUAACAUUAGUGAUGUUAACAUAGUUAACUAUGGUUUGUGACAGUGCAGUACUCACAGAAUGAAUGGUGCUGCUAGAUAGCUAUCUACUGCCCAACCAGUGUGCAGUGCAGAGUGGUUUGCAAACCAGUUGAAACUGAAGGGAGGGUAGAAGGCAUUAUAUUUCCAUAUGUUAAUACAAUUAAGCCAGAGUCUGUCAGCAAAGCCCACAGAAAAUAACCCAAAAGGCAAAACAUUUAUAACACUUUCAAAUGCAUCACUAUGGCUUUCUUAGUACGUUUACAUGCGCAGUUAAGUCAAGCUAUGGUUAUAGCUUGAUUAGGCAAUUUAAUUGGACUACUGUCCUUGUCCCUUUAUUCAAACACCAGGGGAGAAUCAAUAUAUUGAUUGAAGUAUGUCCAACUCCACCACAGUAGGCAGCAAUAUGCCCCCUUUCCGCUAAUUGCUUUUGGACCUUCUUCCAGUUGACCUAUUAUAUC